AUGCCUCGAUCCUAUGAGCCAUGCGUAUCCUUUCCUCCACUGACGCCUCUGCCUGCGCUGCCAACGGAAGAGCGCGCGGGAGCUGGAGCGGCGGGGUCGGCAGGACUCGCUGCGCUGCAGGAGGCUCUUAGGUCUGCGUCCUCUGCGACGCCAGCAGAGUCGGGGGGCGUGCAGCUCCCCGCGUUGCCACAGUUGCUGUCGAUUCCUGCUCUGGUGCGAGCGAGGGAAGCUGAGGUUCGCGCGCUUCUGACGGGACUGCGGCACAUUCCACACCAUCUGCACGCGAAACAGCGGCAGCAGCGCGAGCAAACCCAGCAGCUUCGACGACAGAUACAGCAGGAACAACUGCCUCGCAAGCAGCGCCGCCAACAAGACGAUGGCCAGGCCGAAGCUGCGGACGAAGGAGGCCCCCGAGAAGGCUCUGGAGGCGCCGCUCGCGCUGAACAUCAUGGCGUCGCGAAGCGGGCCUUCCAACGGCUCCACGUGGAGCUGCGGCGGAGGUGCAUGUCAUACAAUCCGUACAGAGUUCCGACACGCUGCAGAAGACCCGUACUCGAAGAAAUGGCGAAGGCACCUCCGAAGCCGAGUCGUAGGGUGCGCAAAGACAGACGGCGCCCUGCGGCGCUUACCGCCGUCUACACUCGGCGAGCGGCGUCUCCGCGGCGGUGGCUAGCAACCCAUUUUUUCCACGCAAAACGGUUUCACAUGGUCAGUCUGUGGGGGCAUCGCCUGGCGUCUCACCCGACCCAGCGCUGCCAGCGAAAGCUGUAUCGCUACUCAAAGAACAAAGUCCUGAUCCACGACCGGUCUUACAUGCAGCUCCUCGAGCUGCGUGGGACACAACGGGCGAUCGCCGGGGUCCUCGCCUCGUGUGGGGCCGACGCCGCGACACUGCUGAGUAAGUUGUUUACAUCGGGGGCCCAGCGCGGCCGGGUGUCAUUAUUCACGGCAGAGGAGUCACCAGAUCCAGGCUGCCUCAUCGGACCAGUUGAGUUUAUGUGGAAGCCGGCUGAACGCCCUCUCCCCGCCGUUUCGCUAUCCCAGGGAGAGGGGACAGUUGUCCAGGAGAAGGGCUGCGGUAGGCAGCCAGGGAGCCUUGAUCACGCUGACAAGCAGAGGCCGCUGACCAGCAACGAAGUUCGCACCCUUUGGCUAUGGGUUCACCCUUCGGCUUACGAAGCCGCGCAGACGGAGCUACGCAAAGCUUCCGCCGCAGCGCAAGCAGGGGUGAGUGCCCGCGCCUGCGGCGUGACUGGCGAUCGGUUCAGUGAAGACGAGGUGGCGGUUCAUAUAGAGGCGAUCGACGACGUCGCCUGGUUCGAGUUAACCGGUCCCCAUGCUCUUGCGCUCCUGGCACUAACUCUCAAGACGCCAUCAGGCCGCAGCUGCUUUAAGAGGUGCCGCCGUCACGCACAGAAGGUGCUCGAUGAUGUUGGCGAGUCGCCCCUGGGCGUUGAGCGUAAGAGUGGCUGCGAGUCGGGCAUCGCCCGUCUGGAGUCAAGCUCAGCGUCAGCGGUAUUCAAUGACCAGGCUUUGCCAGAGGCAGAUGAGUGCCCACUCGCUGUGCACCCGCAGGUGUGGUGGCGGCAGUUGGUUCACGAGACGCUGGCGAACGGGUGCUGUUCGUCGACUCCCCCUGGUGACGCCGUCCUUCCCCUCGAUGUCUUCCUGCCUCCUCUCCUGGGGCCCUUCCCUCCGCGCUCGCGGCGCCUCCCAGGAGUCCCGGAUCGCCACGCCCAGCAGGUGCAGCAGGGCAGGCGACGGCUCGACGAGGCCCAGCGCCACGCCAUCUGGUGCGCAAGCAGGUGGCCUGCUUCCGGCCUGUUCGACAAGGAAACUCGCAGGCAGUCUACUUCUGCGUCCGCGGAGAGUCUCUGGAAACCUGGCCGCCGGAGUCGUAAGCGCCAAGAUCUGAGGAGGCUGCUGAUGAGGCUGAAGGAGAAGCAGGAGCUGCGCCAGGCCCUGACCCACAGCCGAAACGGAGGGGCUUCGAAGGAAGUUGGCCCCGUCACGGCAGUGAGUGGCGGCAAGGCACCGUCCAGUUCAUCGGCGCUGGAUGCGGCGCAGAGAGGCGCGACCAAACGAAGUUACGACAGCGAGUGGGAAGACCUCCCGGAGACGUUCGAUGCUAGGGGAGAGGGGAAACGCCGCCGACAAGACGGAGAGAACCAAGCCAGUGAGAAGGGCUUCCGCAGAGGGGACCUCCCAGGGUUGGGACAUUCUGGUCUCCGGGACGACGGGACGCAGCUGACGAACGAUGCUGACUCGCCUGCCUUCCGCGAAGGAGACGAAGACCUUGGAGAAGUGGUAAACCUGAACGAGCUCCCCCACGAGCAGUCCCUGGUGCCAUGCCCAACUGAGUCCUCCACGGCGUUUCAGUCGGCGAACCCCGACGUGGGGGCAUCAGCAAACGCGUUGCGCUCGGUGGUGUCUCCUGUGACAGGCGUAGCAGAAGGCAGUGCCCGGUUCCACGAGACUGCAAGAAACGCCGCGUCUUUUGUUCCUUCUGGCGUAUCGCCCGCGACGCAGGGAUCCGAGGACGCAAUGCAGAGCGGCCAUGGCGCCGUCUCACGUAACGGCGACUGUCGAUCCAUUCCGUGCCUCGUCGUGUGGAGGGCCCCCUCGUCUGCGCCGCAGCGGUCGUUUGCGUCACCGUCUUCUGCAGGGCGGCGUGGAAAAUCCCUAGAAGACAACUCCUCACUAGCUCCGUCUCGUGGGAAUAUGGACCAUAACUCAUUUUCCGGUCCCGCCGCAGCUGGGUUCUCCGGAAUCGACUUGUUCCUUCCGGUCUGCAGCGGCGUGGCGCGGUUAUUCGUGCUUCUCUGCCGCUACGGUGCACGGCCCAUUGGAUGCAGGGACAGACGAAAGCUGAUGCUCGAGAGCGGCGUCGCCGACUUCCCUUUUGAUUUCCCUGAUACUCUGGCGGGAACGCAAGCGGCUGUCUGCUCUGCUUGGCAAGACGAGAUGGGUCACCGCAGAAAACCCCCUGGCAAGCGCGUGAACUUCGCGGCCAACGCAACUCCGUGCCCGUUCCUUCCCCUCUGGAAUCUGGCGCUGGACUCCAAACACUCCUCGUCCAGGGGUCCACCAGUUUCCGAGGACUCUCAUCAGGAUGGUUCCGCGGGUUGCGAUGCAGAGAAAGCGAUCGGAAUGGAUAAGGCCUUCUCGCCUAGUGUGGCUUCGCCGGCGCUGCCGGACUGGGCCUGCAGCGCUUUCUCAGCUCACGUGAGAAGAGAAUAUCCAAAUGCCACGUCUGCCGCAACUUCGUUCCUCCCUGAUUCUGUGCUUCCAUGGCUCGUGGCGCCUGCUUGUCAGAAGUCAAGGAAGCGCGCGAGUGCGCCAGGCUUCCGCGCCAAUGUUCCUGCGCUGCCUGCGCUGCCUCCGGUGCCGUCGCGCCUGCCUUUUCCAGAAGGCCUCCGCCCCAUUCGAGUGCUCCGCGUGACCCAGUUCGACGUCCUCCGCGUUCUUGCGGCGCAGCGUCGCAGGCGCUCCGCCAAGGCCUCCGCGACCAGCUGCCAGCGCGCGCAGACGGCGCUACCGUCUCUGCCUGGCGAGGGAGCAGCGACGUCUGAGCAAGGAUUCUGCAGUUCUUCACGGAGAACCUGUGGGGCUGAGCCGCUGUCUGCAGACGCGAGUCGUGUCGCGCCGCGUGCUGCCGUCCAGCAGUUCCUCGCAGAGAUGGCCGGGCAGCUGGAAGCUGAGAGAGCCGCGGGCUUGUCUGAACGGCCCGCACUGCAGUCACGGCGAAGGCAACGUCGCGGCCGGAAAGCCAAACCCGGGGACGCAAACUCUGUUCACCAUUGCGUGGACGAACGUGAAGGAGAGUCGGUGGCGUGCGAGACUGCUGCCGCAGAAAGAACUGCUGAGACGUCAGCCGACCCCGCUAGCAGCGCUCCCCUCGUCCAGCGGGGUGACCGGCUUUUUGUCGAUGCGUCGCACGGGGUGGGAUACGACUCGCCGUCGAGUAGAUCGAUUGAGACGCGCGAAGCGACCGAGACCGAUGCGCCUCUGCCGGUGCAGGCGGAUGACCCAGUCGGGAAGGCCUCCGCUUCGUCUGUGGGCGGCAGCUUCGUUCCUGUUCAAGUCGAGGCUCACUUACGCGGCGUGCCGAGGCGCCUUUGCCAACUGUACCUGAUGAAGGAAGAAGACAUCAUCGGCUUCUUGAAACAUUAUCCGGAAGUGUCGCCGGCGGCCGCGGGCCUGAAGCGAUGCACGUCACCAGUCUCUCGCGCCGCAUCGGCGCUGGCUCCUGAGCUCUCGUGGCUGGAGCUCACGGUAACUCCGCGCGACGGAGGAUGCGAGCCUGGGGAGCAUCCAGCUGACGUUCGAGGCCCGCAGGCCUCUGGACAAAUCCCCCCGCGCCAGGGCCGGUCAAGGAAUGUGACACGGAGAAAGGAGACCGGCGGCCGACAGCCUUACUCCUUGGAGGAGCCAAUUCACAAGCCGUUUAAACGGAGUCAACUCGCAAAGAGACUUUCCAUCUAUGGCUUAGAAGCGGCUAAGCACAGUCCAGCAAGCGGCUUAGGAAGCACGUUGGCAGCAAGCGCCACGGACAAAAACCCGAAGGGAAGCUCUCGCGUCGACGCCGAAGCAGAGAAGCAGCGAGUGGCGAUGCGCGCUGUAUACGUUCCUCGAAGAGCGGCUGCGAACGCCACACAAAAACGAGAAGGACCCGCUGCGGCGAAUCCCUCCAGUGUUGCCGCCACAAGACCCGGAAAGCCCGGCAGUGACCGGCAGGAUGGAGCUCUGGGGCAUUUGUUCCAGACAGUGGUCGCCGCACUCGAAACAAACGGCGGCCGAGUGAGAGAGCAUCCGCGAGAAGCCAAGAAGCAAAUCUUGAACGCGCGAAACGAACUCGCAGUGGGCGUUCCGUCGUCGCCGCCAUCCAGUGAAGGGAUCGAUGUUGUACCGGAGAUGAUGUCUCGGCGACAUCUCAUUGGCUUCGUCACUACAGGGCAGCAUUCGCUUUUCCGGGGCAAAGGCUUUGGGAUCGGGUGCGUGUCGGCUGAGGCAUUUUUGGAAGCGCUGCGACUCCACUUACGAGUUCUCUGUGUGGGCGACACGAAAAGCGAGACACGACAGCAUAUCUCGGGGCAAACCCUCCUCGUGCCGCGACAGGACUUCGACUGCCGAAGAGUGAAGCUAUUGGUGUGGCUGCGCAAUGUGCAGUCCAGGCGGUACCAUCCAGCUUGGAUUUCGCUUAUAGUGCAGGAUUAA